AUGGAUUACUUCACUAAGUGGCCAGAAGUCUUCGCCAUUCCAAAUCAAGAAGCUUCAACAGUUGCAGAUAAACUAGUUCAUGAAGUCUUCUGUCGUUUUGGAGUACCCUUAGAGAUUCACAGCGAUCAAGGAAGUAAUUUUGAGUCUCAAAUAUUCCAGGAAACUUGCAGAGGUAUGGGUACUCAUAAAACUCGAACAACUUCUUACCACCCACAAUCUGAUGGAAUGGUAGAACGAUUUAAUCAGACAUUGGAAAGGUACCUGACAAAAGUUGUGGAAAAACGGCAACGAGACUGGGACAGACACAUACAACCGUUUUUGUUGUCAUAUCGAAACGUUGUUCACGAAAGUACAUCAGUGACGCCAGCUUUCGCAAACUUUGAGAGAGAAUUACGGCUGCCUGCAGACCUGAUCACCGAAAUACCACCUGAUGCCCCACGCAGUAUAACCGAUUAUGCAAAUGACUUGCGGAACAAAAUGAAUGACAUUUAUGAGCACAUCAGACAGUCGGGCCAGCAAACGUCUGAGAAGAUGAAAACACGGUAUGACCGCAAAAUGAACAACAAAGGGUUUGACGAAGGUUCACUAGUGUGGUUACACAAUCCAGCUCGCAGCAAAGGGAAAUCUCCUAAGCUUCAAGCUAAAUGGGACGGACCGUACCGGAUUGUGACAAGGAUCAAUGAGGUAACCUACCGGAUACAGAAAGGUGCCAGAGGUACUCCUAAGAUCGUCCAUGUGGAUCGACUGGCGCGUUAUUAUGGGGCCAUUAAUGCUCGGAACGAGCAUGUCUUAGGAGGGGGCAGUGUUGCGCGCCACUAUUAA